AAAGUGAAUGGUUGUCUGCGAAUUCCCGUGCGUGCGCUCUGAGAGUGUACACUGCAAAAAAUAUUCAUCCUACAAGUACUGAGUGGUAAAAUCGAAGGAAUCACUCAGGAGCAGGAGAUGGUGUCUCUUGAUUUUUGUGCAAAAUGACGUUUGCCCUUUGUCGAUAUGGCAUUUCCUUUAUGAUCUCUUAGCUGUAUUCAGCCUUGCUGCAGUGACACUUGUUUCCAGACGUUUCUUUAAAAAAAAAAGCCGAAAUUUUCCUCCAAACAAGUAAGAAGUGAAAUCGCCUCUUUGUGGAUAAACCCGCAGUUUUUAAGUAAAAAAAAAAAUCAUUUUUUAAAUCGUCAGUGAGAGUCGGCCAGCUUUUGAAGACGGACAUAUUUUUUGCAGUGCGGCUAAUGCUGAAGUCAUUCCCCGUCUCAUACAACAGCAGCCAAGGACAAGAGAGCAUCAGCACUGAGAGGAGAUAGGGGCGAGAGAAAGGUGCCUCCUCUCGCCAUUGCAAUAAUUGUAUCGCUGUUGAAUCGGUGUCGGUGUAAAUGCUGCUCUAACGGGAGACGAUAGGAGCGGAUGAGAAGCGGGGGAUUUAACUUCACACACGGACAAACAUAUGCUUGGAUUUCGGUUCUUUUUCCCUUCGCCAAUGCAAAAGGAAAUAUGCAGCGAAGCUUCGCCAUCCUCUACACCAGUUUACUGGGGAUGUGCUUGGGUUCAAGCUCAAGUUUUCCAAGUAACAUCAAUAUAGGAGGAUUGUUCCCAACCGAGUCGCACGAAUAUGGGGUUUUUCGGUUCGCCCUCUCGCACCAUCAGGACAUCCCUAAACUGGUGCCGCAGGUGGAUAUGGUCAAGAUGGGGAAUAGCUUCUCCAUGACAUAUGCCUUUUGCUCCCAGUUCUCCAAAGGCGUGUAUGCCAUUAUUGGCCUGUAUGACAGGAAGACAGUCAACAUGCUGAUGUCCUUCUGUGGAGCGCUGCACGUCUGCUUCGUUACGCCGUCCUUCCCCAUUGAAACGGCCAAUCAGUUUGUGAUCCAGCUGAGGCCUGAGCUCCAGGACGCUCUGGUGGGAGUGAUUGAUCACUAUGGAUGGAAUAAAUUUGUCUACAUGUACAGUUCUGACUCAGGCCUGUCAGUACUGCAGAAGGUACUGGACACUGCAGCUGAGAAGAACUGGCUGGUGACCUCAGUUAAUGUGGAGACAAUGACGGAGGCCUCUUUCUUGAAAGUGUUCCAGGAUUUGGACAAGAGAAAGGAGGGUCAGAUCAUCAUCGACUGUGAGACUGAGAGGCUCACUGGCAUCCUUAAAAAGAUUGUUGAACAAGGCAAGAAUGCAAAGAGCUAUCACUACAUCCUGGCUAACCUGGGCUUCCUGGACAUCGACCUGACAGACCUGAGAAAAGGUGGUGCGAACAUCACCGGCUUCCAGCUGGUCAACAACUCUGAGCCCAGUGUCAGCCGUGUUGUCCAACAGUGGAUGGAGUUCGACAUUAAAGACUCCAAAGUGCCAAAGAGUGGACUCAAAUACACAGGCGCUCUAACAUAUGACGGGGUGAAAGUCAUGUCCACAGCUUUCCAGAAUUUAAGAAGGCAGAGGAUAGACAUCUCUCGUAGGGGCAAUGCUGGAGAGUGUCUUGCCAACCCACCAGCUCCCUGGGGACAGGGAAUAGACAUACAGAGAGCUUUGCAACAGGUCCGAAUAGAUGGAUUGACUGGUCACAUUCAGUUCAACGAGAAAGGCCGCAGAACCAACUAUACUGUUAGCAUCAUGGAACUGGCGCCUUCUGGACCCAAGAAGGUUGGCUACUGGAACGAAGACGAGAAGUACGUGGCCACUGCCAGCUUACUGAGAGGCAGCAAUGACACUUACGGCCUCCAGAACAGAACUUACAUAGUCACCACUAUUUUGGAAUCUCCAUAUGUGAUGCUGAAGAAGAACCAUGAACAGCUUGUGGGAAAUGAUAAGUAUGAGGGCUACAUUGUUGAGCUGGCUGCAGAGAUAGCCAAGCAUGUGGGCUACCAGUACAAACUGAAGAUUGUCUCAGAUGGCAAGUAUGGAGCAAGAGAUCCUGAUAACAAGAUGUGGAACGGCAUGGUGGGCGAACUAGUGUACGGGAAAGCAGAUGUGGCUGUGGCUCCUCUGACCAUCACUCUGGUCCGUGAAGAAGUCAUUGACUUCUCCAAACCCUUCAUGUCCCUUGGAAUCUCCAUUAUGAUCAAGAAACCCACCAAAUCCAAACCUGGGGUGUUCUCAUUCCUGGACCCACUGGCUUAUGAGAUCUGGAUGUGCAUAGUGUUUGCCUACAUCGGCGUCAGCGUCGUCCUCUUCCUUGUCAGUCGGUUCAGCCCAUACGAAUGGCACGCUGAGGACGGUGAGGAGGGAGGCGAGCCGCAGACUCCUACCCAAGCUGCAGCCACUAAUGGGGUGCAACAAGGCCAGACACCAGCACAGCAGAACACCACCCAACAAAGUCCCGAGCAGACCAAUGAGUUUGGCAUUUUCAACUCCCUUUGGUUUUCACUGGGCGCCUUCAUGCAGCAGGGAUGUGACAUCUCGCCACGAUCUUUGUCAGGCCGCAUUGUCGGAGGCGUGUGGUGGUUCUUCACCCUCAUCAUCAUCUCAUCCUAUACUGCCAACUUAGCUGCCUUCCUGACAGUGGAGAGGAUGGUGUCUCCUAUAGAAAGUGCAGAGGAUUUGGCAAAGCAGACGGAGAUCGCCUAUGGAACACUGGACGCCGGCUCCACCAAAGAAUUCUUCAGGAGGUCUAAGAUCGCUGUGUUUGAGAAAAUGUGGUCCUACAUGAAGGCCGCCGACCCGUCCGUGUUUGUCAAGACGACGGACGAGGGCGUAAUGAGAGUCAGGAAGUCCAAGGGCAAGUAUGCCUACCUGCUGGAGUCUACUAUGAACGAGUACAUAGAGCAGAGGAAACCCUGCGAUACCAUGAAGGUGGGAGGGAACCUGGACUCUAAAGGUUAUGGCAUCGCCACACCCAAGGGCUCCCCUCUCAGAAUCCCAGUAAACCUAGCGGUGUUGAAACUCAAUGAGCAAGCCAUCUUAGACAAACUGAAAAACAAAUGGUGGUACGAUAAAGGGGAGUGUGGCAGCAAGGACGCCGGAAGAAAGGACAAGACAAGCGCUCUGAGCCUCAGCAAUGUGGCGGGAGUCUUCUACAUCCUGAUCGGUGGCCUGGGCCUGGCCAUGCUGGUGGCACUGGUGGAGUUCUGCUACAAGUCCAGGGCCGAGUCGAGCCGAAUGAAGCAAUCCAUCAACGACGCCAUGCACUGCUCCACCCUGACCAGGGGUGGCAAUGGGAGCGGCGGAGAGAACGGACGAAUCCUCACCCACGACUUCCCCAAGACCGUUCAGACACUGCCCUGCAUGAGCCACACCGCCAGCAUGGGGCUGGGUGCCUCAGGCAUGUGAUCACCACGCCACUGUGCUGGUGGUGAGAAAUAGGCAGUGUGGGGCAGAAGACUCUACGGACCUUAAAAGUCAUGGCUGUCUGGUUUGCCCCAUCUGUUCUCCGACCCGUAUAAGACUUUACUUACUGCCAAAACGCACUCUCAAACUGCUCCUUACAAACUACAAACAGACUUGCAACAUUUUUUAAUAAGUGGAUGUUUGAAAAAGAGAUAUUGAAAAAAAAGUGCUGCAAUAAAGAAGCCGUCAACGGGGUGUGUUUUUGAAUUUUUUAUAGUGUUCAUUUAUGUGGAAAAAAUAAACUUUAUUCUUCAGUGUGACGCCUGCGCUGUGCCAUUUCAAUGGAGCUGUUAGUCUGCGUGUGCAAUAUCUUCACCUCCACUGCUGACUAUGUACUACCUACAUGCUUUCUGAUAGCUGAUGGAACAUGUUUUUGCACAGACGUGGCAGACGAGGACAAACGCUUGUGACUACUAUGAUAAUUUGAUAUUGUUUUGGGACGUUCCCACUCUCAUUCUCACAUUUCUGCACCGUUUUGGAAGGACAAAGUGCUCUGUGUAGCAUAGCUAGUUUUUAUGACAUAGUACACAGUUUACACUGUUGUUUAUACACUGCAAAGAGCUUUGUCAAAAAUAGUUUGAUUUGAUUUGUCCUUGACGAAUAGUUGCUGUUUAAAUCAGCGUUUGACUGGGCUACAACAAACAUGCAUUGCUGCUACACCUCAUUUAACACAUCAUGUCUUGUCUUUGUGCCAUAUGACCAUUUUCACAAAUGCAUAUACAGUACAUACACUAUACAGUUGUUGCUACUGUUUUUUUGUUUGUUUGUUUUUUGGCCAACAUAUAGUGAGUUUCAAUAUUUAAUUAUCACAAAGCAUCAGAGGGCAGAUACAGAAAUGUUCACUUUGGCCUUGGCAUGAAAGCUUAGACAACAAAGAAAACACACAGACACACUAAUAUGUGGCUAUGUACAGUACUGAGUGACCUGACACUGUAUUUUACUGUUGUGACAUUCAUAGCACAUUUAUUGACAUACUACAAAGUCUAGAACAAAGAUUUAAAAAUUCAGAUAUAAUCUGGAGAGAAUAUUCUUCAAAUUAUUGUUAGAGCUGGUGCUGCCUAAUCCACCCACUCCUGUGAUGUAUUUCCAGCUGUAUUCAGUUUUAAUGAAAUGGGCAGUGCAGCUACUCGCUCUAAAUUUGUUGAGAACGGCGUAUCCCCUGUAGAUUGUACAUGGCCUAUAAAGGGAAAGCUGGCCUCCUCUCACUGUUGCUGGCUAGCACAGGAAGGAGGCGGGAUUGAAACACUUGGUGUGACUGACAGAUUCACAGUUAGUAGUUUCUGUGUUUAUUGGAAGUCAAGAUUACAGUGGUCGCUGCACAGUUCUGCUGUAGAGUUCUCCUUUUCAGAUUGGGUCAAGUAAACAGGAAUUAGAGUGGCAAACCCUGGACAGUAGUGGGCAGAAGUGUCAAAAAGCAGACAGCCUGGGUUUGGUAUGUAGGCCUUAAAGGAAAAUUCUACACCCAAACAUUUCACCACUGGAAACAAAGUGACUUUUGAUGAUGUACUUUGCAUUUCUCUAUUCUGUUCUAUUGGAUAUUUGAGAGCACAGAGAAAAAAUAAGGCUGACAUUUCUUAUUGUCUUCAAAUCCCACAAAAGCACAAUGUAUCGUCACAUAAAAACAUGUUUUCUCAUUCAACUUCUUACAUUGAGGAAUGAGACCUACUGUGCGCAUUAUUUUCUGCCAAAGUUUGAAUUGUUUUUGUUAUUUCACAUGAAGGAUUGAAGCAUUUUGGUCAUGUCUGUGCUCAUCUAACUUGUUUCAAGUGAGCAAGAGAAGGUGAAGUCGUUGCUGUGUUGUUAUAAUAAGUCACAGUAUAUCAGACUUUGACUACACAUGCAGUAAUUUUUUGUAAGGUUCUUUUUUUUUGUCUUUUGUGGGAUUUGCCAUCAAUAAGAAAAAUAUGCAUAUCCUUUAAACUCGCCAGCUCUUGCAACUUAAAAUUGUCAAAGAAGAAGAGAAACUAAUAACAGUUUUCCACAACACAUCCCAGCCAGAUGCUGAAGGGUUCAUUGUGUGCCUUCUUCCAAUAUAAAAAUCUCACCCCUGUCCUCUUACCUAUCUAUCUCAGCUAUUUCAGGUAUCUUGAUUGUGACAAAGACUUCAAGAAAAUAUAGGAAAUCCUUAAGUCUAAGUGCUUGAAUUAUGUUGAGGGAAAUGUGGGUGUAUCAAUAUUUCCUCACAACAUUUGUCCUGAAAUGCACUGAACAUCAUCAUCACACAUGGUCCAGCUGCAGUGUUCAAAGGUGUGAUUUGACUUUAAGGUGACUGGAAGGCUGUUGCUCAAAAUGGGAUUUUUGCUGCUGCUGGAUGCCAGAGGUCAGCUUUAGAUUAUGUACCACACUCUUUAGCUGAGCACUCAUUUCACAGCAGAGGCCACGCGCCCACACUAAGGCAGUGUUCAUUCCCUGCUUUCAAAAUUGGUUGUGUGCUAUUUUUCUUCUACUCUGAGUUUCCGCUUUAAAACGGUACCAAAUCUAAUGUAUGAUCUCUUGUCUUUCUUUACAUUGUCAUACAAGCAAGAAAACUGGACAUAUUUUACUGAUUUCAUACAUAUCUCCACUUCUUAUGUACUGUAUAUAAAAGGCUUUUUUCGCUUCCUCAGUGAAAAUGUUUGUUCUUCUAAAAAUCAUGCCUUAGUGUACCUGAAUUAGUUACCUACCGCGUGAGUACUUUUCUUUCCCUCCUUCAUCUAUGCGUCUUUUUUUUCCAGAUGUUGUGUUAAUUAGGACAUAGCACAACACUCUUCAGUGGAGGUUUUACCUUCAGAAAAAUGUUUUAUACGUCAUAACAGAUUUGUAAAAUAAUAAUUAUUUUUAAAAAAGCAAAAAUAGACACUCAAUGUUUGUAUUACAAAGGAGACGUGGGGUGCCAGGAAAGUGUUAUACACUUUGAGGAGUGUAAAAAAAAAAAA